AUGGUGGAGGCACAAUCAUGGGCAACAAGGAGAAUGAGCAACCCAAGAAUAAUGGAUGGCACCACCGUGUCAACCACCACCAAUGACCAAGUUCUUGACAUACCAGCAACCCCACCUGGUGAUGUGAGAAACAAUGCGUAUUCUACCGUUGGAUCAUUUUUUUCUCCAAAUAUUUUAACAGCUGGGAUCAUUGGAUCAUGGUAUUUGUCCAACAUCGGUGUCUUGUUACUUAACAAGUACUUGUUAAGUUUUUAUGGCUACCGGUACCCGAUAUUCUUAACAAUGUUGCACAUGAUUUCUUGUGCUUGUUAUAGCUACGUGGCUAUAAAAUUUCUUGAAAUAGUACCAUUGCAGCAUAUUUUAUCAAGAAAGCAGUUUAUGAAGAUCUUCGCUUUAAGUGCUAUCUUUUGUUUCUCUGUGGUUUGUGGUAAUACUUCAUUGAGGUACUUGCCUGUGUCUUUUAAUCAAGCUAUUGGGGCAACUACACCAUUUUUCACUGCUAUUUUUGCAUUCUUGAUAACUUGCAAGAAAGAAUCUGCUGAGGUUUAUUGUGCACUUUUGCCUGUGGUUUUUGGGAUUGUUUUGGCCAGUAACAGUGAGCCUUUGUUUCAUUUAUUUGGCUUCUUGGUUUGUGUUGGUUCAACUGCUGGACGUGCUUUAAAAUCUGUGGUUCAAGGGAUUUUGUUAACAUCAGAAGCUGAGAAGUUACAUUCUAUGAAUUUGUUGCUUUAUAUGGCACCAAUGGCUGCUUUGAUUUUGUUACCAUUUACCCUUUACAUAGAAGGGAACGUGGCUGCAAUUACGAUUGAGAAAGCCAGAGGGGAUCCGUAUAUUGUGUUCUUGUUGAUUGGGAAUGCAACUGUGGCUUAUUUGGUGAAUUUGACGAAUUUUUUGGUGACCAAGCACACAAGUGCCCUAACUCUUCAAGUGUUAGGCAAUGCUAAGGCUGCUGUGGCUGCUGUCGUUUCGGUCUUGAUCUUUAGGAAUCCUGUGACUGUGAUGGGAAUGGCUGGUUUCGCAGUUACAAUCAUGGGUGUGGUGCUUUACAGCGAGGCAAAGAAGAGAUCUAAGGUCACAACACACUGA